AGCUCUACCCUCCACCUCUCACGCCCUCCUCAGCCUCUUCGACUUCAGGGACCAUGACUUCCAAAUCCACCGUGAGAAGCCAAAGCAGCAGCCGCCGUGUCUUCAGUGCCGGCUCAGCCAGAGUCCCUGGGGUCGGCCACUCUGGCUUCAGCAGCAUGCCCGUGUGCUGCUCCAGGGGCAGUGGUGGCCUCGCUGGAGUGGGUGGAGGAGCUAGCUUUGGCAGCCGCAGCCUCUAUGGCAUGGCGGGCUCCAAAAGGAUCUCCCUCGGAGGGGGCAGCUGUGCCCUCGGUGGCGGAUAUGGCGGCAGAGCUGGAGGCGGCCUUGGCUUUGGAGGUGGAGCCGGGAGUGGAUUUGGUUUCGGCAGUGGAGCUGGUGGUGGCUUUGGGCUCGGUGGUGGAGCUGGCUUUGGUGGUGGCUAUGGGGGCUCUGGCUUCCCUCUAUGCCCCCCUGGAGGCAUCCAAGAGGUCACCAUCACCCAGAGUCUCCUGACUCCCCUCAACCUGCAAAUCGACCCCACCAUCCAGCAAGUCAAGACUGAGGAGCGGGAGCAGAUCAAGACCCUCAACAACAGGUUCGCCUCCUUCAUCGACAAGAUGUGGUUCCUGGAGCAGCAGAACGAGGUCCUGGAGACCAAAUGCAGCCUGCUGCAGGAGCAGGGCACCAAGACCGUGAGGCAGAGCCUGGAGCCCAUCUUCAACACCUACAUCAACGACCUCCAGUGGCAGUUGGACAGCGUCACCACCAAGAGAGGCAGGCUGGGUGCUGAGCUGAGAACCAUGCAGGAUGUCGUGGAAUAUCUCAAAAAAAAAUACGAAGAGGAGCUCUCCCUGCAGCCCUCUGCUGAGAAUGAGUUUGUUGCCUUGAAGAAGGAUAUGGACACAGCCUUCCUGAUAAAGGCUGACCUGGAGACCAAUGUGGAGGUUCUAGUCCAGGAGAUCGACUUCCUGAAAAGCUUAUAUGAGGAGGAGAUCAGCCUGCUGCAGUCUCAGAUCUCAGAGACCUCCAUCAUUGUGAAGGUGGACAAAAGCCAGGAGCUGCAGGCGGGCGGCAUCGUUUCCCAGAUCAAAGCCCAGUACGACAAAAUCGCCAGCCGCAGCAAAGUGCAAGCGGAGGCCUGGUACCAGGGCCGCCUGUAUGAGGAGCUGCGGCUGACAGCCGGGACCCACUGUGACAACCUCCACAACUGCAAGAACGAGAUUCUGGAAAUAAACAAGCUGAUUCAGUGGUUGCAGCAAGACAUUGAGAAUGUCAAAGCCCAGCGCUGCAAACUGGAGGGUGCCAUAGCCGAGGCAGAGCAGCAGGGCGAGGCGGCCCUCAACGAUGCCAAGUGCAAGCUGGCUGGGCUGGAGGAGGCCCUGCAGAAGGCCAAGCAGGACAUGGCCUGCCUGCUCAAGGAGUUCCAGGAGGUGAUGAACUCCAAGCUGGGCCUGGACAUCGAGAUCGCCACCUACAGGUGCCUGCUGGAGGGCGAGGAGCACGGGCUGCAUGAAGGUGUUGGGCCCGUGAAGAUGUCUGUGAACAGCUCCAAAGACAUCCUCUACGAGCCAAGUGUGGUCAGCACACCCAUGUACUGUCCAGGGGACACCAGUGUCCUCAAGAGCAGCAGGGGCUGCAGCAUCAUGGCUACCAGUGAAAUCUACAUCCCCUGUGAGCCCCAGGGGCUACUGGGCUGUGGAAGCAGGUGGAGCUUCAGCAUGAAGCUAGGGGCUGGGGGUGGCUCCUCCUGCCACAAGUGUUAG